AUGUCUGCUGCUAAUUUAUUAAAAAAAAAGGGAUCAGAUAUCGUUGUUUUAUCAGCCUUAAGAUCUCCUGUAACUAGAGCCAUUAAAGGUGGAAAUGCUAAAAUGUACCCAGAAGAAUUGUUAUAUCAGGUUUUGAAGGGUUCUGUUGAUAAGUCUGGUAUUAACCCAGAAUUAAUUGAUGACAUCUUAAUUGGGACAGUUUUACAAACUUUGGGUGGACAAAAAGCUUCGGCUCUUGCAGUAAAGUCUGUAGGUUUCCCAAUCAAGACUACUGUGAAUACUGUGAAUCGUCAGUGUGCUUCCUCUGCUCAGGCAUUGUCUUACAGUGCAGGCUCAAUUUUAUCAGGUGAAAACCAAUUUGCAAUUGCAGCAGGUGUGGAGUCCAUGACACACGAUUAUUUUCCUCACAGAGGUAUCCCAACUAGAAUUUACCAGCCAUUUAAAAAUGAUGCAAGUUCAGAAGCUCAAAAUGUGUUAAUGCCUAUGGGUAUUACAAGUGAAAAUGUUGCUAAGAAAUACGGAAUUUCAAGAGAAGACCAGGAUGCAUUUGCACUCCAAUCUCACUUGAAAGCAUAUGAGGCUACUGAAUCUGGUCAUUUCUCGAAUGAAAUUUUACCUAUCAAAGCUAGGACCAACAAUGAAGACGAACCAUUAAAUAUUGUAGAAGUUACAAAAGAUGAUGGUGUUCGUGGAAGCUCUACUAUAGAAAAAUUAGCAUCUUUAAAACCAGUCUUUGCCGAAGAUGGUACUACCACAGCUGGCAAUUCGUCCCAAAUUUCCGAUGGGGCAUCGGCCGUUAUUAUUACCACAAGAGACAAUGCAGAAAAGAUUGGAAUUAAACCUAUUGCGAGAUUCAUCGGUUCAUCUGUUGCCGGUGUUCCAUCUGAUUUAAUGGGAAUUGGCCCUUCUGCUGCCGUUCCUCAAUUAUUGAACAGAUUGAAGGUCGAUAUCAGCGACAUCGAUAUUUUCGAAUUGAAUGAAGCUUUUGCCUCUCAAUCCCUUUAUUGUAUUGACAAACUAGGUAUUAACCAUGAUAAAGUCAAUCCAUACGGAGGUGCUAUUGCUAUUGGUCAUCCAUUAGGAGCUACCGGUGGUAGAGUUAUUUCAACCUUAUUGAACGGUUUGAGAGCACAAAAUAAAGAGUUGGGGGUAAUCUCAAUGUGUACUUCUACCGGUCAAGGUUAUGCUGCCUUAUUCGCCAAUGAAGCUUAG